AUGUUUUCUCUCGCGCUCUACCUUCCCCAAUCAGCGUCUCCACCCUCACCUCCCUUCAAUUCGAAUACAGAUUUCGAAUUACAAACAUACAGCGUGUCUACAGCACAUAGUCCCCGCUCCUCACGCGACCACCCUCGGUCAGGUGUCGCUGGUGAGCGUUAUGAAAUUUUCGACGUGCCGUGUGCCGGUGCGCAUGGGCUACGGUUUCCGGAACCAGCACAUGUCGAUGUGCGGUAUGGCUUGACGACGCGAGACGAUACGCAGAAGCGCUAUUCUGGAGCACUUCGUGGCACUUCUAUACAGCAUCGUGUUCUGCGAGAACAUGCACAAUCUCGACAAGGCCUCGCUACUGAGGAAAGACACUUGCAGCCAAAAAAACAUGGUGCUCCAAACAACUCACAUCGCCACAAGCAUACAUCCUCGAAAGUCACGGUGAUUGGUGAACCUUUCCAUGUCGUCGAGGGAGUAAAGGCUGUUUCUGUGAUCGAAGUCAAGGAGCUCUCCCACCAGAUAGAAAAAGAACUGCUUACGGGUCCAGGACCCGAUCACCUCCAAGGAACAGAACAUCGCAAAUCUCCGGUUCACUAA